GGUAAAGAAGAACCUGCAAGCAAUGAUGCCAAACAGUUAGAAAGUUUCGAUAGCGAUCCAUUUAAAGCUGUGUCACAAUCGGUGAAAAUGAAAAGGCGCGGCGAUUUGCCUCUUGUCUCGGUAUCUUUUGCGGAUGAACCUGCAUCAUCAACAGCUUUUAAUCGAGACGUAAUAGAGGAUAUCAAUUUUCCCGAUCUGAACUGUUUUUCUAGAAAAUAUGCAACUAUAAAAGCACCGUACUUGGAUGAAAAUGAAAGUCAACCAUCAAAAUCUACUCGAUCACAAAGUCCUUCAGACGACCUUCAAUCAGGUCUUUCUGAAAAUGAACGCAGAUUGACGACGUGUGCACAAAGACGUCAGAGUACUAUGCAGGUUGUACAAUCAUUAAGUGGCAGGAGAACAUCAACAACACUUGUUCCAUUAACCUCAGCUCAAAUCCAUCUAGUUCGAGCCCUUUGGCGCCAAGUGUACAUGACGAAAGGUCCAACAGUAAUCGGUUCAACUCUCUUCCACCGACUUUUUUUUAAAUCUCUCAGAACAAAAGAUUUGUUUCGUCGAUGUUCACUUCCACAGCAGUUCGCAAAUCAUGAUACUUUUUUCAAGGCUCAUGCGAAAGCUACUGGAGAGUUGAUAGAUCAGAUUGUCGAAAACUUAGAAAAUCUGGAAAAAAUAAGUGAUACUCUGGUAAAUAUUGGAUCGAUGCAUGCCCAGCUAAUUGGUGACGAAUUACCACGAAAAUUGUGGAAUAUGGUAGCGGAGACAUUCAUUGAUUGCACCUUGGAGUGGGGUGACAAAAGGUGCAGAAGCGAAACGGUGCGGAAAGCGUGGGCAUUGAUUAUUGCAUUCGUUAUUGAAAAGAUUAAAGAAGGUCAUACUCAAGCUUUAUCACACUUGAUUCACCGCUGUCAUACUGAUAUUAUCGAUAAUGGAAUAAUUGGUGAUCCUGAACUUGAAUGUGGGAUUGAUGGAAUUGCUAUUAAUAUGCGGACUCAAUAUCCCUUUUUUGGUCGACUUUUUGUUCAGGAUGAAGUCAAUAAUCCGAAUUGUCGAUCUAUUCAUAACGGAGAUUUUCAAGAUGGACAUCUAACAACGAAUUUGCAGUUCACUUUAAAGUUCGGUGAAUGCAAUAUGAGACGGCAAAGGAUUCUGAAUCCAAGAGGUAUCGCAUAUUCAUUUACUUUCGUCAUAUCAUUCCAUCAAAUUUUUAUAACAGCAAUUGAUAGAGCAUUUCAUAUUCGUUGUUUUUUUGCCGAAUCCAUUAGAGCGAUUCAGGCCAGUAUUGACGUGAAUAAAUUAAUUACUCAAAUAUUGGACCGGCAUUUUCCGCUGCCGCCAUGCUCUUACGAACUUCGUGAGGGUCAUGAUGGCCCUUUAGUUCGAUACGCUGAGGUUGGCGACCGCAUCACACAUGUCUGGCAUUGUGAACAAGUACAAAUUUUUAUAGUGAUGGGAUAUAUUUAUGGACUUUUGGUCCAUUCGUGUUAUGUUGACGAUGGGCAAGGAAAUCGAGCUGAAAUCGUCGAUGAUAAAGGAUGUGCAAAAGACCAAUUACUCUUAUCAAAUAUUGAAUAUGACGCUCAAGCUAUAACCGCAUAUGCUGAAACUUAUGUAUUCAAGUACGCAGAUCGAGUUCAAUUAUAUUUUACGUGUACUCUGCAACUAUGUCUUAAAACCGAUGGGGGAUGCGAUGAUUUCACGCCUCCAGAUUGCCGAAAUUCAAAAGGUCAUAUUUUUUCACGAAACAUGAAACAGCCAUCUACCGAAACAUAUGCCACUGCCGAGAAGCAUCAGGUGAGCAUUGGAAAAUUUAUCGAGAAUCCAAUGAAACAUUAUGAACGUUUGGAAAGACCUGCAGGAAAUUAUAAUGGGAUUCCCGAUCAAUACGUUCAGCCAAUAAAGCAUGAUCAACCGAAUCAUAAUGAGGAUGAAAAGACUUUUUUCGGACCAAUUAAUUCGAAGAGUAUUGUCAACAAGGAUAUUGCGAUGACGACAAAUUUGCCAUUUUUUAUUAAUGAUCAUCAACUUGAUAAAGACAGUGAUCUUAAAUUGAACGAAACUUUGGAUGAAAUCGUAAUUAAACAGUUGCGUCAAAUCCGGUCACCAACAAUACAAGAAAUUAAUCUAGCAACUGAUCUCACCGCUGAAAUCCUUGUCCUUCCUUUAACGAAACAUUCGAACGGCUCCUUUAAAAAAUGUUAG